UGCAGCGUCUGGGACUCUGGUGGAAAUGGCCCCUUCGAUCAGCUUGGAUGUAAUACCCUCAUAAAUGGAGUGGAUACGAUCACUUGCAGAUGUGACCGUCUGGGUUUCUUCUUUGUACUAACACUGGAAUCGAAGGACAUUUUUGCCUUUUUUCCAAGUGGAGACCCAUUUAAAAUUACAACACAGAGUAACCUUUCCAAUCAUGUCAGUGUCACUACCCCAGUGACAGGCAGACCCUGUGAAACACCCCCGGAAUCAUCCACCAGCCUGUCCUCUUCAGCAGGGAACAAUCCCACUCCCCAGAAUUUGGAUCCCAACCAAAUGUGCCGUGACAUGAUGCAGCAACUGCUUUCCAGGGAGAAAAAUAUGAGCAACUCUGAUUCAGUGAAUAAAUUCCUAGCGCAAUGUGAUGCUGUCAUUCCUGACAGUACAACCCUGGAGAGAAUACUCGCAGAGAUAGAAAUCAAAGGAGAAAAUCAAUCCUUCUCAACGCCAAAUUAUUUUGCGCACAUUCAAAGAAUAGAAGCUGAAAAGUUCUCAGGACUUCACUUUCCUCCAUCAGAUUUGAUCCAGCAGAUACAUGUCUCCAGCUUAGCCCGAAAGGUUGGAAUUGAAUUGCCUCCAACUCUUCUGGACAAGGUUAAGGACGAGCCAAAUGUUCUGAUAUCGAGAAUCAUUUUUGUUAUCUAUGGAAAUACAAAACUUUUCCAGAGUGACAAUAACAGCACUGUGUUAAACAAUCUAGUCAGUGGAAUAGAAGUGGUCAAUGUCACCAUUGAAAACCUCCCAGACCCAGUGACCAUUGUCUUCCAGAACACAACCUUGCCGACUAACUCAAGUGGAAAAUGUGUCUUUUGGGAUUUCAGAAAGGGGAGCACAAGUCAUGGCAUCUGGAGUGAGUCUGGCUGUACGACAGAAAUUCAGCUUCACAACAUCACCUGCAAGUGCACCCACUUGACCUCUUUCGCUGUCUUACUGGAUUAUCACAGUGACGAUGUUACUUCAUCGAAUCGUUCUGUUGCACUGAUUAUUGUUGGCACUUUUAUCAUUUUCGUAGUGAUUACAGUUCACUGCUACGAAACGAUCAGCAGGAUGAUUUGGCCUUCAGGAAAACCUCCAGGACGUUUCCAGUUCUAAGCAAUUUGAACAGAAUGAUCCUGGCUUUUACCCCUCGAGUGCCAUUACAUUCUGUGGCUGGAAUACUUUUCAAAUAGCUAAAGAAUUUCCAAAGUUUCUGCUAAUGAAGAGACACAAACAUAACCUUGUAACCAGAGCUGGUCAUUUCUAUGUCAUACUACAUCAUGGCUGCAUGGAACAAACCUCCAGAAUAUCUUCUUCCAGUGACAGGUUUGUCUCUGAAGCCAGUCUUCCUUUGUUAAAUUGUUUAUCACUGUCAAUGGAUUCCAAUCUCACCUUAAUGCCUGCUCAGCUUGGAGUGUGGGUGAAGAAAGAGGAGGAAAUAAAUCAUUCCUCCAUUUUAUUGUUACACUGCACCAAACUGUUUAGAAAAAUGGUGAGAGCUAGUUCUCAGUCUUGACCCAGGAGUGCACACUCCUUCCUAUUCACUGUCUCGGUGAUCUGCUUUCAGGAUGUAUGUCUGUCCAGCUCAAACAGCAUUGCUGAAACCCAAGAAGCAAACUGCUGUGAUUCUGAAAUGGGCAGCUGACAGGCCCCAUGGCUUUCCAUAAUGAGAUAAGGACAAUGGGAAACAUGGAUGGUGUAUGUCAUUCAUAGUGUGGCAUGGUGGCUCAGUGGUUAGCACUGCUGCCUGUCAGUACAGAGACCCAGGUUCAAUUCCAGCCUUGGGUAACUGUCUGUGUGCAGUUUGCCCAUUCUCCCCUUGUCUGUGUGGGUUUCUUCUGGGUGCUCUGGUGUUCUCCCACAAUCCAAACGAUGUGAAGGUCAGGUGAAUUGGCCAUGCUAAGCUGCCAAGUCAGGGGUGAAUGGGUCUGGGUCAGUGUGGGCUUGCUGGGCUGAAGAGCCUGUUUCCAUAUUGUAGGGAAUCUAAUCAAAUCAAACCACUGAAACACAGUGCUAUCCCUGUCCGUCAUACCUUGCUAAGGUGUUUUACAAAGCUAGUAAUAAAGCACAUGGCGAGAAGGCAGAAUGUAAAGUUUCAGGCUGAAUACAUUCAACACGUCCUCCUUCCGAACAUCAACCUGUUCAAGCCUAUCAGUCUGUUUCACCCUGUCCUCACAAACGACAAGGUCCCUCUCUGUAGUGAAUACUGAAGCAAAGUAUUCAUUAAGGACCUCCACUACCGCCUCCAACUCGAGGCACAAGUUCCCUCCACUAUCCCUGAUUGGCCUGACCCUCACUCUGGCCGUUCUCUUGUUCCUCACAUCAGUGAUAAAAACCUUAGGAUUUUCCUUAAACCCACCCACUUAACCAUUUUUAUGCCCCCUUCCCGCUGUCCUCAUUCCGUUCUUCAGUUCCUUCCUGGCUAUCUUGUAACCCUCGAGAGCCCUCAGCCUUGCUUCCUCAACCUUAAGUCAGCUUCCUUCUUCCUCUUGACUAGAUGUUCCACAUCCCUUCUUAUCCAAGGUUCCUUCACCCGACCAUCCCUUCCUUACCUCAGUGGGACAAACCUAUCCAGCACCAUCAGCAACUGCUCCCUAAACAACCUCCACAUUUCUGUUGUGCAUUUUCCUGAGAACACCUGUUCCCAGUUUAGGUGUCCCAGUCCCUGUCUAAUAGCACUGUAAGUCUCACUACCCCAACUGGAUACUUUCCCAUACCGUCUGCUGCUAUCCUUCUCCAUGACUAUUGUAAAGGUCAGGGACUUGUUGAUUACUAUCACUGAAAUGCUCUCCCACCAAGAGAUCUGACACCUGGCCUGGUCCGUUACCAAGAACCAAAUCCAAUACGGCCUUCCCUCUAGUUGGCCAACCUCCAUAAUGAGUCAGGAAUCCUUCCUGGACACACCAGACAAAAACUGCUCCAUCCAAACUGUUUGAACUGAGGAGGUUCCAAUCAAUAUUAGGGAAGUUAAAGUCACCCAUGACAACAACCUGUUACUUCUGCACCUUUCCAAAUUCUGCCUCCCAAUCUGCUCCUCCUUGUCUCUGUUGCUAUUGAGGGGGUCUGCCAAACUAGGUUAAACCCAUCCGAAGAGCUCUCGCAAACCUCCUGCCCAUUGCUCCUCCAGUUCAGGUGCAACCCGUCCUUCUUGUACAUGUCACCUUCCCCAGAAGGUAUCCCAAUGAUCCAUAUCUCUGAAGGCCUCCCUCCCCCACCAGCCCUGCAACCAUGUGAUCAUCUACACUCGCUCUCUGUUUCUAGCCUCACUCACCCUUGAUACUGGUCGCAAUCCUGAGAUUCCUACUCUGCUCAUCCUGCCUUUUUAGCUUCCAAACUAAUUCCCUGUAUUCACUUGUCAGGUCCUCAUCACUUUUCCUAGCUGUAUCAUUCGUACCAAUGUGUACCACACUGUCUGGCUUCUCACCCUCCCCCUUGGGGAUCCUGUAGACUCGAUCCAAGACAUCCCUCACCUUGGCACCGGGGAGGUAACAUACCAUCCGGGAGUCUUGUCUGCAACCACAGAAUCUCCUGUCUGUUCCUCUCACCAUUGAAUCUCCUCUCACUAUCGCUCUCCUAUUUCCCCCCCCUUCCCUUCUGAGACACAGAGCCAGGCUCAGUGACAGAGACCUGGCCACUGAGGCUUUCCCCUGAUAGCUCACUGCUCCCAACAGUAUCCAAAACGGUAUAGUUAUUGAUGAGGGGGGUGGCCACAGUGGGGUCCCUGUACUGUCUGGCUAUUCCCUUUCCCUCUCCUGAUGGUCACUAUUCUAACAGUGUUUGUCAUUACACACUAUAAUUAUUUCAAAUUUGCUGAGGUGCUUCUCUAUGUAUUAAAAGCAAUUUUCUAUCGAUAAAAUGAUUUCCAAGAA